CCUUUUAAUUAAUAUUUGUCUCUCGAGAUCAAAUUCCAUUAGUGUAUGUGUAUCCAGAUAUAUUAACAGCGGAAACCAUAUAAUCAUUAUACCAGCAGUCAAACAACAAUGGCAUCAUCGGAGGCACUUCACGGGAGGUUGCAGACGGAUAUCGACCUGAAGUCGAGUGCAGAAGAGUAUUACAAGAUGUGGAGGAAAGAGGCCCACAAGAUCCCCACAGCGACGGGCCAAAAUAUUCAGGCGAUCACUCUUCAUGAAGGUGACUGGCACGACCAUGGAGCUAUCAAGAUCUGGAACUACACUGUUGAUGGGAAAUCGGGAGUAUUCAAGGAGAAGGUGGAGUUCGAUGAUGCGAGCAUGACUAUUACCCUCCAUGGCAUUGAGGGAGAUGUUUACAAUGAGUACAAGGUAUACAGGCCCAUAUGCAAGGUUGUGCCGAAGAACAGGGGCUCCGUGGCGAAGCUGGUCAUAGAGUACGAGAGGGUGAAUGAGGAUGCACCGAUUCCCAACAAGUUCAUGGACUUGUUUGUCAGCAUGACUAAGGAUAUCGAUGCCCAUGCCUAUGCUGCAUCGACAUGAGAGGAUGGUGCAUGUAGCAGUGACCAUGUUUCCGGGGUCAAUAUGUUUGCUAUAUAUACAUCCAUAUGGAAGUGUUCGCAGUCCUUUAAAUAAAUGAAAGCUCCCCAUGGGAGGUUUCUACUUUUCUUGCAUGAAUAAAAUUCGAUUGGUAACGUUUGCUAGACAUA